UGUUACUGGUGUAUUAUCUGAACAGCAACGUUUAAUCUGCCGUGGCAAAGUUCUGAAGGAUGACCAGCUCCUCUCAGCUUACCGUAUCCUUCUCCAUAUUUUAAAUAACUAGACUUAGCAUGAAUAGCUAUAUGGCAACCCAGAAUUCUCAGCCUACCAAUUUCUUUCCCAUAUUUAAACUGUUAAUUCGUAACCUUCGGAUAUGUCCAGUUGCAUGCAUGCUUGAUGCUUGUCCUUUACUGCAUCUGUUGAUCCUUUAUGAGCACUCUACCAACCGCAAACAAAUAUACAUAACUUAUUCCUUCUUGUAGUUUCCUAUGAUCAAGAUAAGGUCUCGUCUUCACAACAGAAGUUUAAUGCAUCUGUGGUCUGGUGUUAUUUUAAUCGCUAUUUGAGUUAUUUUUCUUUCUUUUUGCUGUAUCUUAUGGAACACAAGGGUCUUUUUGAGUUGGAUGUGUUUGUGAAAUGUAGUAUUAUGUUCUGAAGCAGACCUUAAAUAAGGUAAUGUAGAUAACUGAAACAUUUAUGGUCUCGUUGUAAUUGUUCUUAUGGUUUCAUGGACACAGUUAGGGGAAAAGGUCUUCUCUUCCCUCAAGGAAUCAGAAUUAUUUUGGUGCAAGACUUGCCUGUUUACCAUCUAUUCAUUGGGAGGAGUUUUAUAGUAACUUAAACUAUUGCAUGUAAAGUAAGCUGAACCAUUGUUAAUUGACUCGUUCUUUGGUAUUUACAGCACACAAUUAAGGGAGUUGCAGGGUUGCGCUUUCUGGGCCAAUAGACACUUUCUAUUUUCAAUUGUUCGUCCAUUGGAAGAAAAAAUUAUAUGAUAGCGAUCUAGCACAUCUUCCUUUAAUGAAAUUAGAUGUGGAAGAUGGUCACACACUGCACCUGGUUGCUCGACAGCCGAUGAACCCGUCAUUAGCAAGCUUUCCUGAUCAUACAGAAUUUAUCUUGAGCCCAAAAUAUGUUGCAUUUUCAGCAAGUGAUCCAGCAUCAAGUACCAGGCAGCAUCAACAUGGCCCGAGUGUUGUAGUUGGAACAUUCAAUAUAUCUGAACAAGGCGAUGGCAGUAUCCCAGAUUUUAGUCGGAUUGUUUCAGCUGUUCUUGGCUCCUUUGGCAUAGCAAAUGCUGGAAGUGGUAGUGAAGCAGUAGAUUUGCAUCAACACAUCUCUGAAAGGCUUUCGCGGAUACCUGGUCUUCAUGACAUAAGAAAUUCCACCGGACAACAACCUGAUGAUGCUUCUGGAAGGGGUCAACCUAAUCCUCAGAAUGCUGCUUUCACGCUUCCGACUGAUGUUUCUAUGGAAUCUUUGCAGCUCCCUGUUAUUCCUGAUUCUUUGAGUACCUUGUCCCAGUAUCUAAGGCGUUUGAGGCAAGAAUUCGAUGACAAUGUUAGAAUCCAAGUCAAUAGUUCUCAGUCUCUUGGUGCUGGGAAUGCUGGAGAAGAGUCAAAUGCCUCACCACAUUCAGGUUCCGGUCAGGGAGGGUUACCAACACCAGCAGCCUUGGGAGAAGUGACACAGUCUGCUAGACAAUUACUCAUUGAACAAGCUGGAGAAUGCUUGAUGCAAUUGACGAGACAAUUAGGGGAUCAAACGAAUGUGACUGAUCCUGUAGUACGGUCAAGAAUGCAGUCAAAUGCUUUGAGGUCAGGGGCUCUUUUGCAAAAUUUGGGUGCUUUUCUGCUGGAGCUUGGUCGAACAACCAUGACACUUCGGAUGGGACAGUCACCGACUGAUGCUGUGGUUAACGCUGGACCUGCUGUUUUCAUAUCCACAUCUGGUCCAAAUCCCAUAAUGGUCCAGCCUCUACCCUUUCAACCUGGAACUAGUUUUGGAACGACACCUGUUGGGUCAGGCACUAAUUUUUCUGUCGGUUCUGGUGUACGUCCAAGGAAUAUAGAUAUCAGAAUACGUACAGGUUCAUUGUUGUCCUCAGCUGUUAAUCAAAGAGAUGCAAGCGUCGGAGAGCGCUCAGCAACUGAUCCACUAGCUUCUGAUGGUGGAAUUUCGGACCAUCAAGCUACCGUUAGAAAUUUGCCUCCAACCAGGGGAUCUGAUGUGCGGGUAGUUCCCAUUAGGAUUUCUACAGUUCCACCUGGACUUGCACAUUCUGAAUCAUCCCGAAGUUCUAUGGGUGUGCUAUAUCCCAUGCUAGCAAGAGCGCAGCAUGCUGAUUCUGGAAACCUAAAUGGUGUUAAUGGUGGCCAGGCAUCGAAUGGCAGUCACCCGCAUAGUGGUGAAAAUAGACCACAUUUAGUCCCUGAUUCUGCAGCUCAGCAACAGCCACCUGAGACCCCUGCAAUUCCUGACUUUGAUUCAGGUACAACUCAUGGUGUAUUGCAUUCUGAUCAAAAUUCUGCUGGAGAGGUUCCCAAUGGACUCGGUCAACUGCUGAGAAACUUAUUUCCUACCGAGCAGAACCAUGGUAAUGACUUCAUCUUUCAGGGAAUGGGUGCUGAUUCAGUCUCUGGGAAUGUUGAAACAAAUCCACAGGAAGCACCAAGGGUCAGCGAUGAAGGAACUUUUCUCGCAAAUUUGCUGCACCAGAUUAUGCCUAUUGUGUCCCAGCACAUCAAUGGAGCUGAUGAUUCAUCUGAGCAAGGUGCUGCCAUGGAGGAUAGAGCGACACAACCUUCUUCAAGCGUUGGGGAGAUCCAAGAUAGAGGUGCAUCUUCAAGGCAGCCGGGUGAUCCAACAUCUCCUCCAUCUUCCAAAAGGCAAAAGACAGAAUAAGUAAUGGGAAGAGCAAGUUGAAGCCUCUGGCCUAGACGAACAAAAGAUGGCUUUCUACAUCGGAUAUCAAGAUCCACAUAUGUGGUUGGGUCGACCAAAUUUCAGUCGGCCAUUGCAGCCAUAGAUGAGAACCCGACUUCAAUACAUAUAUUCCUUUCCUUUCAUUCCGCCGAAUCAGCCUGCAGAGGGUAAUCUUUUUGUUUGUCUGCUCAAAUGUUAAGUAAAACAAUUGCAUAGAAAUAACAUUACAUUGCUGUUGAUUGUUGUUCAUUUGAUUUAUAUAAUGUCCAGAGGGAUUUUAUUUGGGUAAGGAUUUGAGAGCCAAUUGGUUUUAAAAUGUUCUUUUUUCUUGGUCUUGUUAGUGGCUACCUAUAUUUUUCUCAUAAGAAGCAAAGUCUUGUACUUCUCUUAAAUGUUCUUGGAUUCUUCAUUUGGCUUAGUGGCCAUUUACCGGAUGCUUAACUGGUAAGCGCUUACCAGGUCACUUAU